CAGGACCAGUUAGCUGCGCACGGGCACGCGUAGAAUUGGAGUUGUAAACGAAGCGUGUGCACUUUUCAGCACCAAUACCUCGUGGAUAGCAGCCAAACGAAGCCGAGAGGGUAGUCGUUGUGGGUUAGCUUAGUUUAUUGUCAUAAACCCGACGACUUUGCGGUUUGCAGCGCCGUAUAACCGCCGCGAUCACGAGAAAACUUUAUUGAUAGUUUUGAGUCGACAAGAGGACGAUAUAAAGCAGAACCGCCUGAGCUUUGUCUGCCCCGGUGGGCAUAUUGUGCCGAGACGUGUAUCUCUUGACAGGCAAGUUUCUGUGGGUAGAAAUACCUUAAUUUUUUGGCCCGCCUGUGUCGAAUUGGCGCGGUCUGGGUUCGUCUAACUGCGCCCUGGGAGGACUAAAUGGCUGCAAAUGAAGGCAAACAAAGGUGAUAAAGAAGAUUAUUCAUCCUAGCCGGUUCGGCCCAAACAGCGGUUGAGUCGUGGUCCUGUUUUUAGCCACAUCACAGCCUGCUCGCACCGCUAGCCGCCGAGGUCUCCAUUGUGUGAGCAUCUCUGUGCUAUUCCGCUGCCGCCAGACCCCCGGAUCCCGCGCUACCACCGCACACCUGCCGCCUCCCACAGCUACAACUGUGUGUUUUCUGCCGGAUUUUUUGUAACUUUAUUGAAUCCACGCAUCCGAAAUGUGUUCUCGGGUUUGGUUCGUGACCGACCGGCGUAUCAGCCAGGAGUACCCCCAAGUUCAGAUCCUCCGGGCACUGAAGGAGCGCUGCGCCGACGAGGAUGUUGAAUUCCGCUCUCUUCUCAUGGAUCAAAUCGUGCUUACGAUCAGCGAGGGACAACUAGGUCUGCGAGUGGAGCAGGAAUUGGUGACAUCUUAUCCACAAGUGGUGGUGGUGCGGGUGCCCACACCUUGGGUGCAGUCCGAUAGUGACAUCACUGUGCUGCGCCACCUGGAGAAGAUGGGCUGCCGGCUUAUCAACCGGCCCCAGGCUAUACUCAACUGUGUCAACAAAUUCUGGACCUUUCAGGAGCUGGCCGGCCAUGGGGUGCCUCUUCCUGACACCUUCUCCUACGGAGGACACGACAACUUCCGUAAGAUGAUUGAUGAGGCGGAGCCACUGGGCUACCCAGUGGUGGUGAAGAAUGCACGCGGCCACAGAGGCAAGGCUGUGUUCCUGGCACGGGACAAACACCACCUGACAGACCUGUGCCACUUGAUCCGCCAUGAUACCCCCUACCUGUUUCAGGAGUAUGUCAAGGAGUCGCAUGGUCGUGAUGUGCGGGUGGUCCUGGUGGGCGGCCGUGUCAUUGGCUCCAUGCUUCGCUGCUCCACUGAUGGUCGCAUGCAGAGCAACUGCUCCCUGGGUGGUGUAGGUAUGAUGUGCCCACUGAGCGAGCAGGGCAAGCAGCUGGCCAUAGAGGUGUCUAACAUCCUGGGCAUGGAUGUGUGUGGUAUUGACCUCCUGCAGCUCAAUGACGGUUCAUUUGUGGUCUGCGAGGCCAAUGCCAAUGUGGGCUUCAUUGCUUUCGACCAGGCCUGUGGCAUGGAUGUGGCAGGCAUUGUUGCCGACUACGCCCUGUCGAUGCUCCCCAGCCGCCUCACCCGGAAGAUGUCCUUGCUGUCCGUCGUGUCAAGUACCAGCGAGACCAGCAGUGAGCCUGAGGUGUGCCCUGUGCCCGCUGGCAGCGGCUCGCUGCCUGAGGCCGUCUGCAACAUGAGCGUUGGUUCUACUUCCAGUGAGAGUGACCCGGAGCUAGCCGAGCCCUCCCAGUCCUCGCCCCGCCAGUCCACAGCCCCCACCUUGCCCGAUCUCCCUGACCUCCCCGAUCCUGCCUACAACUUCAACACCCUCCUCGCCAACGAGAUCAAGUUAUUGACUGAGUGAGAUUCAAGCGGCUUCAUGCACACACAAACACUACAAAUACACAUCAAGACACGCAUACACACACACACCUGUUCAUAUGGCAACAGACAUUCCUUUUAAACACAUAUCAAUCCAAAAAUUAUAAAAACAUAUGAUCUUAAAUGCAAAACUAAGAGAAAACAGAACACACACAGACACAACCACAGUAACACAAACACCAAAACAUGAGCUUUUCCUGCUAACUCCCUUAAAACACACACACAAAAAAACAAAGAUCUGAGGCUGCUCCCCUGACUCUCCUCUCUUUGCACCUCUAGUCCGAACCUGCAAACCUUACAAUCCAAACUUAGCUUACACUGCAGCAUGGUGGCGAGAGUGGGAUAUAGUACACGAGAUAACUGCCUCUUCUAGUUUCUGUUUUGCAAAAUAGUAAGGGUGAAGGUUUUUGGGUGGGUGUGGGAUUCCCAUAAAGGCAUACACCUGCCAUGUUUUUAUCCUCACAACACAGUAACAUUUGAAAGAGAAUCUAUGUUGACAUAAAAAUGGGUUUUGUGCUGAGACUGUAGUCAGGUUUGGUGGAUUGGAGGCGAAAUGAAGUGUUUUUUUUCAAGUGGUUAGCUCCUUGGGAGAGGAAUACAUCCUCAUGCUAGGCACAUUAUACUGUCAGUUCCAAUGUAGCAAUGUUGUGCUCCUGUCAAGGACACAGAACAGGAUGGGGACCAUCCUGCAGCAACUGGAGAUGGAGGAAACUCAUGAAAUUCACAUGAAAUUUAAUGCUAUUCAUAAUUCAUAAUAAUAACUGAUAUUGAGAGAUGAAUUCACUCUUCACUACAUGUCACAUCUCAUAUGUUUUAAAUCCAGCUAAAACAGAAUGUAUACACAAUGUUUUUUUAUUUCUUUUUUAACCAGGUUAACAUGAAUAAUUCUAUAAUUUAAAAUCCAUAGAAUACCAGUUUGGAAUUAAAAUGUAGCUUGAGCUGCUACAUUGACAGUGAAUAAGAGGCUGAUGUUGUGGUGGCCGGAUAUAUGACCUUUCAUGCGUAAAUAAGAAUAUUAUUUACCCAGAUUAACCAUAGCACCAGAAAAUCAUCCUGGAUGGUAACAUGGUGUUUACAAAUUAAUUCUCUGUUCACUGUGAAUGAAGCAGGCUAAUUCAAAAGUAAGCAAAACUGCCCGAACCUGUGCAAGGUACUAGAUAACACAUAGCAGUUCUGUUGAAGAGUUAUAACCUGGAAUAUAAAAAUGAAUUGAGUGCCAUUGCUCGAUUUUUAAUUUUACAUUCCUAGAUAGCUUGUUUGAUUAGCCUUACCAGCAGCAGCAGUCUGCUGCUUUUUAAAAUUCAUUCAAUGUCUAGCACUUUAUAUGAAACAGUAUGAUAUGAUAAACAGAUGCAUUUUUUGCUCUCACUCAGAUGACAUAUUUAGGAAACACGAGACAGAGUGUGAAACCUGCGUCUACACCUGCAAGCAAAAUAUACCUCAAAAACUUCUCACUGCCAUAGAAAGACAGAGAUAUUCAAACAUACAGUACAUAUCAGCCAGGAUCCUCAUGGCCCCUGAUUUACCAGCUGUUUCCUCUCUUUGUGUCUAGGAACUGAAAAGGUAGUUGUUCAUUAUUUUUUAUUUCUUCUCUAGCUUUUUGUAAAUAUUUAGGUAGUGAAUUAGCUUCAGUGCAUAAUAGUAUCCAACUGAUGAAACUGGAACAGCUGAAAUAACUGCCAACAUUGAAAUUCAUAAGCUAUUGUGGACAAACUUGUUUGUACAGACCUGGAAUAUUGAAAGGUUGAAAUUGAAAUUUGGUGCUAACAUUUCUGGAUUUGGUUAGAUGUGAUUUCUCAGUCAUGAUUUUUGUAGAUUUUACUUUUAUUGUUUUCAUCAAGUAUCCUAACCCAAAAAAUAUGUUGGCAUGAUGUACAAAUAAAAAAAUGGAAACUAUAUUUUUGCAGUCUCUUUAAAUAGAAUCUUUUUCCUUAGAAAAGACUUCAGCAACCAAGAGCUUACAGCCUAUGGGUUUCUGUUCCUCUUGAUUUACUUCCUGUACGCCCUCUGAAGUAACUAUCAGCAAUGAGCGUACUUUGGGGUAACUGCUGUUCAUUAAGAAUAAUUUACAGAUCUGAUCAAAAGCACACCGUAGUAAUGUCCAUGUUUUUAGGCUUGUAACCCCUUCUGUUGAACACAACUCAGGGAAGCAGCCUGGAUCUCACCCCUGACCCCCAAAUGCACGACAUAUCCAUCCAAGCAUACUCCUGAAACAACAUAACACAUACCCACAGGCAGACAAAAAGACACACAAACAAGAAUGAAAAAAAGGUUGUAAACUACAGUAUAAGACAAUGUGGUGUAGCUAUACCAUGGUUAACAUGCACUUUUUUUCCUUGCUUGUUUUAUAUUGUUCCUUGUUUUCUUCUCUAAUUUAUGGUAUUUUUAAAGAAAAAAGUGGUUUGUGUGCACUAAUAUUGUCUCAAUAAAGUGAAACCGCUGUGAAGCUUGAUUUUAUUUUCCUUUUCUUUGUGGGCCAAUUUACCAACUGUCUGGAAUCUAAAAGGGGCCUGCUUGAGGGUGCCAAAUCUAAACCCACCAGACAACAGGAAAGGCAGCUUUUUUAAAGUCUGCUGUCAAGUGAUCACAGUGGCUCCACUGAGAGAAUAACAUCAUUUACACUACUGUGAUGUUGUCCGGUAUCUAUAUAAUCAAAGUAUCUGACAGCCAAAACUGUGAAAUCCGCUGAAGCUCACUCUCCUGACAUGCAAGGGCCGGUGAGCUUGAUCAUUAAGUCACAUCCCAACAAAGCUGAUAUGGGUGAACUAUCUCCAGUUGUUGUUGUCCCCUAUUUUUUUGAGUCUUUGUCUUUGUAUUGAAGCCUGCGUCAUUCCACACUGUGUACAUAAGUGUAAAUCAAAGAUCUCAUAUCCUUUCAAGACAUGAAAAAGCCAGCCAUAAGAACGAGUGAAAUGUUCAUUGCUCUCUUACAGCCCCUGUUAUUCAAAUCUGUAGUUUAUACAUCAUCCAUAUGUAGACAGAACACAUCUAAGCCAUUGAUGGUCCAUUUAACUGUGCCCUAACACCUUUCAAAAUGCCUUUUCACUGUCUGGUUUGAGGACCACAGUUGAGUGAUGGUCCCAGUUCAGUUCAGUUAUAGAUCAAUGGCCAUGAUGAAGUGGAUACAAGGCAUGGAAACUACUGAAAGAAACAAGAAAUACAUGUGUGUAAAUCAUAAUAUUACUGAAAGCUGUGUGGUGCUCAGCCAGCCUGGAAUAAACAUGUAAGGACCUCUGGACUAGUCACUGUGUACAACACAACAGAGCACAAGGUUGCUAUUUAAUUCCAAACUGCUGCUAAUGUAUAUUUGGCUCAAAAAUGAAAAAGGGAAUAUGAGGAAAUCCAAGUGUUUCCGUGUUUUGCUGCCUCUCAACACAUGAAAAUGAAUCUGAAUGCCAAAAAUAAGCAUUUUGUUAUAUAAUUUAGCACUAAUAACACUAGUAGUGAGAUGAUUUUAAAAGUGAUUCUUUGUUUUGAUAUAAAGAAUAAAUGUUUCAGAAUUGUAUAUAAUAUGUAGGAUUUCACAGCAAUCAUCAGGUACAUUUUAUGUCAAUGUGUUUUAAAACAAACCUGAGGUUUGCUUUAAGGUUUACAAUAUACUUUGAUUUGCAGGAGGAAAACCCAAUGUUUAUGCUUCAGUGAAAUAAUGCAGCUCUCUGUUGAUGACAUAUAGACAUUAGAAAUCUUAUCUUUAAUUAUAUCUGCAUAUGGUGAAUUGAUGAAGAGCUUCUGAACUGCUAGGUGCAAGAUAAGCAAAAUCAUUGCGUAAAAAAAGUCUCAGCAAAUGCCCUCACUAUUAUUCUCUUCUGUAUCAUUCUGACAGUGUUACAACAUGGAUCCCAAAAUCAUGUCAUUCACAAAUGUGCAAAAUGAUGUAAAUAUAUAUCCCUCUUUUUUUAGAGUAAAAUAAAGAUGAGUCAUUAUUCAAAACCAA